AUGAGCGGGUCAACGACCCGUGACAACAACGUGCACGUCAGCCUCGUCAUGGCGAAGGCAAAGGUGGCGCCGCUGAAGCUGCUGUCAAUACCGCGCCUCGAGCUGCAAGCCGCGGUGAUGGGUACGCGCGUCGCAGCCGCAGUGAUAUAUGAACACAACGUCAAGCCCGCCUCCGUGACCUACUGGAGUGACAGCAGAACCGUUCUGACAUGGAUAAGGAAAGGAGCCAGAUCGUACAAGCCAUUCGUCGCACAUCGAUUGGCCGCCAUAGAGGAAAAUAGCAGAGUCGAAGAGUGGCGCUGGGUGCCUACAAAAAGCAAAAUAGCCGACGCCGCCACCCGCGACGUCCCGACGCACUUUCACACCGACCACGAGUGGUACUGCGGCCCUAAGUUCCUCUACGACGACCCAUCGACAUGGCCGACCGAGUCACCAGCUGACAGUCAACCGACAGGCGAAGAAAAAACAGUCACGCUCAUACAAGCGGGCGCAGCAAACCUCAUAGACGUCGUUCCCAACCCCGCUCGAUUUUCAAGGUGGGAGCGAUUGCUGCGCGCCACAGCCAGAGUACUACAGUUUAUAUCGUUAUGUAGAAAACAACAUACAGAAAAAACGUUCUACAAGCGAACAAGGAAAAACAAAGAAAACGAUCCUGAUUGGUCGAGAGCGGUGCGAGCGCCCCGCGCGCCCGCCGAAGCUGCGCGCGCCCAAAUAUACACACGCAAGUUUAUUGUAUUGGACGCGACGUAUAUUCAAAGAGCAGAGAAGCUGUUAGUUCGUGUGGUGCAACAAGAAGCCUUUAAACAAGAAAUAGCCAGUCUCGAGAGCAACAAAACAGUCGCAAGUAGUAGCCGGCUGUACCCGCUGCGCAUAGAACUAAACGACGGAGUUAUAGUACUGCGAAGCCGCAUAGCUGCUGUAGACAAAGUCGCUAAAAGCGUGAAGAGUCCACCUGUGUUAGACGGCGAUCACCGCAUUACACAGCUAUAUAUAGAUUGGACACACCGUAGUCUACAACACAGCGGCACCGAGCUCGUCGUGAAUGAGGUCAGACAGCACUACUGGAUUGUGCGCCUGCGCCCGACCGACAGUCAAGCAAGUCAUCGCGCGCUGCCUGCACUGCCGCUUACGUCGCGCGCGCGCGCCGACGCCGGCAACCGGCGACCACCCGAAGACACGCCUAGCUCAUCACCGCAGCAUCACAAGCGAUACGUGGCGCUGUUCACGUGUCUCACAACGAGGGCAGUUCACCUCGAGAUCGCGCACAGCCUCAGCGCGGACUCAGCUGUGUUGGCGCUGCGCAGGUUCGCAGCGCGACGCGGCUGUCCCACCGAAAUCUACUCCGACAACGGCACCAACAUGCACGGUGCUGACCGUGAGCUGCGUGAGGCCUGCCAGGAGGAGGCCAGCCGACGCGGCAUCGCCUGGCGCUUCAUCACGCCUUCCGCGCCUUUCAUGGGAGGCGCCUGGGAGCGCUUAGUGCGGUGCGUUAAGACCGCGCUAGGCGCCACGCUGCACGAGCGCCACCCACGCGAGGAGGUCCUCGCGACGCUGCUCUGCGAGGUCGAGUACGUCGUCAACAGCCGGCCGCUCACCCACGUAUCUGUGAGCGGCGACGACGACGAGUCCAUCACACCGAACCAUUUCCUGCUGGGCGGCUCGGCACGCCUGCCGAGCCCCGGCACGUUCGACGAGCGAGACAUCGACAGCAAGAAGCACUGA